AUGGCCGACCACGCUGGCAACAGCCAGGUGACCAGCCCGUCCACGCGAGCCGUUCCGAUGUCACCUCUAGACCGCGACGAGUUGGAUAGCGACUCUGUGUCCGACUGCGGUAGCGUCGCGAACAGUCUCGCACCAGUGAGGCGGAAACAACCUACACUCGACGGCCGCAAAAUCCAAACAAGGACUCACCAACCACGUCCAGAGCCACCGUCGACGGGACGCAUUGGAUGCCGCGUCGGCCCCACUACUGGUCUCGAUGACUCGGCAGCGAUUACGCGCCAGUCAGGACCCGCGACCGGCGCGAGGAGGCGAUGCUCGCAUACCAGUGGUAGACGUGCCAGGGAUACCGGCCGGUACAGACCGCCGGACACAGGCGGCGUACCCCUGUCGGCAUCACCAACCAUUCCACCGACCACCACAAGGCCUGGGAGUAGGCUGCGUGGGGCCAGCGACAGACUGUCCGUCCCACCAGCAUCAAACUCCCCCCCGCGUCUUGAAUCUCCGAGAAAUGAGUCCUACAACAUCGUGGUGGCCGGCCCGGAACUAUGGCGGCCGCGCAAUCCAUCGCCGGCCUCCAGCAGCAGUUUCGCCUCGAGCGGCAUAGCGGAUGGUGGUGAUGACCAGUUGGGUGAGCCUCUGCCCGAACAGGAAGACGGCGACGACGCACAAAUUCUACAACCGGACGAUACCACACCUCUACACGUGCGAAGUUGCGGUAUCAGAGGUCGAGGAGCACUUCCACACAGUAUGGGCACCAUCUACAUAUGUGACAGGAGCAUAUUUACACGGGUGGACGGUCGAAACCCAGUUCCGAUGGACCCGUUCCAGUGCGUCGAUGUGUCGAAACGACUCGGCAAGUUCGAGAACACGGCGCCUAGUGAUGACGGGCUCACGUAUCGGUACUGGAAAUAUCUCGAACCAGAAUGCACAGUACUUACGGAGAUCAUCAACAUGUGCCUCCGUUACAAGAAGAUUCCACCCGCAUGGAAGAAAGCGGUGACGGUGCUCAUCCACAAGAAGGGAGCCAAGGAAGACCUAUGCAAUUGGCGGCUCAUCUCCCUCAGCAGAACGUUAUACAAGCUGUACGUGGGAUGUGUUGCCGGGUGGCUGACAGAGUGGCUCACCACCAACAAAGUGCUAAACCCCUGUCAGAAAGGCUUCCUGCCGGCGGAUGGUGAGUUCGAACACAUCCACACUCUUAACCGAGUGUUCAAGAAGGCCAGGACGCACGCGAAGGACAAGUGCGUGGCCUGGCUGGACGUGUCCAACGCAUUUGGAGCGAUUCCACACCCGGCACUGGAAGUCGCAAUUGAGUCGAGUGGAGCCGGUCAAGACUUCUUCCGUGCCAUACAGGACAUCUACACUUUUGUUACGACCUUUGUUUGA